AUGAUGGGUGGUUACGGAUGGGUUCCGAUAGAUCAACCGCACACGCUGUUGUGGGUGCCGUGCAAUUCUGGCGAUCCGUUGCCCAGAGGAGCUGUGCACGCGGGCACGGACAAGGGCGGCGACCCCUUGUACGCGGGUCGGGCUUUUUACGAAGGUGACUUGCUGCCAGCAAAAAUAAACCCGAGUCAUUCGUCAGCAUACGUGUGCUGGGGAGGCAUGGAGCACGCCUUGAGCCACUUCGAGGUUUUAUGUCAUGCAAACGUGGCGUGGCAAACCGCUCAAGGAAACCAUAUUCCGCCAAACGCUAUUGUCAUAGGUUCUACCGUUGACGGGGAAAAACUUUACAUGGGCCGUACGCUUCAUGACGGAACAUUAACUCCUGGAAAAAUACAUCCCAGUCAUGGAACACUUUAUAUUCCAUAUAACGGAGAAGAAGUAUCCGUCACUGAGUAUGAAAUCAUGAUAUACCGACCACCUAUGACCUUUAAUUAA